AUGUCGCUCCCGGCCGUUGUUCGGGGGUGGCCGUCGCCCGGCGCCGAGAUCUGCCGGCGAUGCGCCCGACAGCUUAUUCUGACACAGCAGCGGCGAAGGCAACCAGUACAAGCACAGCAGAGACGGCAAAUGACCGGCAAGGCAUUUGCCAAAUACGGGCCCAAGUACACGGCGAAGAUCAAGGAGGCCGACGACGAAUGGAAAGAGAGGGCACUGAAGAUUGAGGCCGGCGAGGCCAAGGCCAUGUGGGAUGUCUUUGAAGAGCGCGGAUACGUCAAGGAUGUGGCAGGAACCCGCGAAGAUAUCCGCAAACUCCUCACAGAAAAGCGCAUCGGCGCCUACGUCGGCAUCGACCCCACAGCCCCGUCGCUGCACGUCGGCCACCUGCUGCCGCUCAUGCCGCUCUUUUGGAUGUACAUGAACGGCUACCGCGCCGUCACGCUGAUUGGCGGCGCCACGGCCAAGAUUGGCGACCCGACGGACCGCCUGAAGAGCCGCGACGAGAUGAAGAAUGCCGUUGUGGCCAUGAACAUGGUCAAGAUCCACUUCCAGCUCAAGAAGCUGUGGACCAACGUCGAGGAGCAGGCGCGCCGGUACGGCUAUGUCAAGACCUGGGCGUGGCGUCGAGGCGUGCUGCAGAACGGGCACUGGUGGAACAAGCUGCCACUGCUCGAGGUGCUGCAGCGGCUGGGCGCGGGCCUGCGCAUUGGGCCCAUGCUGUCGCGCGACUCGGUCAAGCGCAAGCUGACGCAGGGCGACGGCAUGUCCUUUGCCGAGUUCACAUACCCGCUGAUGCAGGCAUGGGACUGGUGGCACAUGUAUGUCCAGCAGGGCGUGCAGAUGCAGAUCGGCGGCUCCGACCAGUACGGCAACAUUGUCACGGGAGCCGACGCCUUCAAGAUCAUCCGUGCCUCCGAGCCCAACCCGGCCCAGCAGCUGCCGUCGGGGCUCAUGCACGACCCCGUCGGUUUCACCGUGCCGCUCUUGACCGACAGCGCGGGCGCCAAGUUCGGGAAGAGCGCUGGCAACGCCAUCUGGCUGGACAAAUUCCGGACGGCCAGCUUUGACCUGUACGGCUACUUUGUGCGGCGCCCCGAUGCCGACGUCGAGCACCUGCUGCGCCUCUUUACGUUCAUGCCCUUGGAGCACAUUACGGGCAUCAUGGCCGAGCACACAGCGGACCCGAGCAAGCGCGUCGCUCAGCACGCCUUGGCGUACGAAGUUGUGGCGCUCGUGCACGGCACGGCCGAGGCCAACGAGACGCGCGACAGGCACCUCGCUACCUAUGGCAAGAAGCAGGACGGUGCCAGUCUGGAGGCAGCGGCCGCAGGACAAGGCGGAGCACCUGACGGCAAACACCCCGUGACACUGAACACCGCGCCCAAGGCCGACAUCCAGCUGCCGCGGUCGCUCUUCGAGGCCGGCAAGGUCGCGCGCAUCCUGUAUGCAGCCGGCCUGGUCGGCAGUGUGUCCGAGGGCAACCGCGUGGCGAUCCAAAAAGGCGCCUACGUCGGCGCGUCACCGGGCCAAGCGGCGCACGUGAACAAGGGCAUGCCGCUGACGCAGCUCGACUUUACGCCUGUGCACCUGUGGUACCCCGAGGACACCAAGAACUUUAUCAUCGAUGACAAGUACAUGGUGUUGCGCCGCGGGCAGCACAACCUGCGCGUGAUUGAGAUUGUCAGCGACGAGGAGUGGGCCGAUUCGGGCCGCACGUACCCGGGCCAGCCAUAUACGGGUAAAGUGCGGCAGCUGCGGGAACAGCUCAAGUCGCUACGUGAGGACUUGGCCGAGGACGAGCAGAAGUCGGCGUCAAAGGCGGGCUACGGCGGCAAGAACAAGGACCGCCGACUCACAGGCACUGAGAAGCAGGCGUUUAUGGCGACAUUCGAAGCUGACGGUGCCGACGGUGCCGACGGUGCCGACAGUGCCGACGACGGCCGUUUGGUGUUCCCCGACGAGAAACCGGCGCAGGUGCGCAGCCUGGAGGCAGACAUCAAGCGCGAGCGCGCUCGGCAAUCCGAAAAGGCGCGGCGCAACGGCGGCAACGGCGGCAACGAUACGGCCAGCUUUUAA